CAGCAGUGGUGAGGGACGGAGAUGGGGCAGAUGAGGAGCCGGACGGAUGGAGGCGGGCCGGAGGAGGGCGGUCGGGGGUGUGAAAGGCAGCAGAGAGCGGAAGGGAGAAGCAGCAGACGCAGAGGACAUGACCAGCACGUUUUAUUCGGCGUUGGACCUAAUUGCGUGGAGCCUGAAGGGCGAAGGUUUGAACUACGCCGUUUCAGGCGGAGAGAACGGCGACGAGUAUCUGCUCACGAAGAUACACAGCGGGCGAAGAUCGGACGACGGGGGUGGGGCUACAACGAUGGACAGCGCUGCGGCGGACGUGCCGGACGGCGUCGUGGUGCAUGUGGGCUCGGGGGGCGUGAGCUUCCCGUUGACGGUGUCGAACUCCGUGAGGGAGAUUGUGAGCAAGAAGUGGAUCUUGCCGAGCUUGCGGCGCAGCAUCGAGGUUGCCGAGCGGGGGCUGGCGGAGGAGGGCGCCGACGGCGGGGUGGAGCUCCGGAAGGCCUUGGACGACUCGAAGAGCGAGUUCUACAGCGGCGGCGGCAGCAGCAGCCAGAUGGGCGGGAUCGCCGGCGUGGUGCCAGGUAGCUCGGGCGGCGUGGCCAGCCAGCGUGCUCCGGCGGAGUCCCCGGCCGGCUCCCCGGCACACUUCCCGGAGGAGCAGGGCUCCGGCGCCGGCGAGCAGAUGCCCGGCUUUGAAGACGACUUCCAGCUGCAGCCAGGCAACCGGAACGACCUCCGGGGCCCGUUCGGGGCGUGGCCCGACCCUGCAGGGCCCGCUGCGGCGGCCUCGUCGUCCUCCUUCGGCGACUUUGAUCUCUAUCCGAACGGAGAGAGAACCGGCCAGUGGGGCGACCCUCUGGGCGGCGCCGCCGGCACCGCCGGCGGCCCUGGCGGUCUUGGCCGCCUGGGUGGCCUGGGCGGCAUGCAUCCGCAGUUUGACGACCCGUUGUUCAGAGGCGGCCUCGGCGGCAGCCGGGGCAGCAGCCGGGACGGUCCCCGCCGCGGCCGGGGCGGCUUUGGCCCCAACAUCAGGUACGACGAUCCGACCGGCGGCAGCCAUGGGUUCUGACCACCCCGGCGACGGACUAGGGUCCGCUGGG